AUGGCGACAUCCUGUGCUCCCGUUUCAAUCUCAGGUGUAUCUCAUCGAAGGACAAGUGAGCUAGGUUCGAGAAAGGUUGACGUGUUCGGGAAGUCGUCAAAGCUGAUUGUGCAGAGGAAAUUUAACCAACUCCCAGCAAAUCAGAAACUCUCAGUUCGUGCAGAAUACGGUAAUAACAGGGGUGGUGGCGGCGGCGGCGAUUUUGCUGCUGGUUUUCUCUUAGGAGGGGCCAUAUUCGGAACUUUAGCUUAUGUGUUUGCUCCUCAGAUAAGAAGAUCUCUACUAAACGAGGAUGAAUAUGGGUUUCGCAAAGCCAAGAGACCAAUUUACUACGACGAAGGCUUAGAAAAGACGAGGCAGACGUUGAAUGCAAAAAUCAGCCAGCUGAACAAUGCCAUCGACAACGUGUCCUCUCGUCUGAGAGGUGGCAGUGGCAAUAACAGUGCGACUUCGGUGCCCCUUGAAACAGAUCCAGAGGUCGAAGCCACCAUGUGA